CGUAUGGGGGCUACAUGACACUACUCUUGUUUCUCAUUCUGUCUCUCCAAAACCACUGGUCGUGGUCGUGUCCCAAUCAAUCAAACCAAGAACAACCCAUGAAAAACUUGUUACAAUCAUCUACAGAUGCAUAAUUUUUCAACAAUAUAUGCAUACAUAACCCAUCUGGGGUUUCAAUUUUUUUUUCCCAAUUCCUAAUUUUAAUAAGUAGCCCUAACUAAUUUGGUUCCGUCAUGGCGGUGUCGGAGGAGGAAUCAUCGUCGGCGAGUGGGAACAACUCAAAAUCACUGCCAUCCCAUGGCGGUCCUCACUACCUUGCUAAAUGUGUUCUUAAAGGAAGCGUUGUCCUUCAAAUCGUCUACGGUCACAUCCGAUCCCCUUCCUCUAAGGACAUCGUUUUCGGCAAGGAAACAUCCUUAGAGUUGGUAAUUAUAGAUGAUUAUGGAGUUCUGCAGUCCAUAUGUGAGCAACCUGUAUUUGGAACAAUCAAAGAUCUUGCUAUUCUUCCCUGGAAUCGUAGAGCAAGCCCACAGGUACAAGGAAAGGACCUUUUGCUUGUUACUUCAGACUCCGGAAAGCUCUCGGUUCUCACUUUCUCGAAUGAAAUGCACAGGUUCUUCCCUUUGACACAAGUUCAGCUAUCUAGCUCACCUGGAAACCUAAGGCAUCAUGUUGGAAGAAUGUUGGCUGUUGAUUCCAAUGGUUGUUUCAUUGCUACAAGUGCAUACGAGGACCGUCUAGCUCUGUUCUCAGUUUCUAGUUCCGGUGGCGCUGACAUCAUCGAUAAGAAAAUAUUUUGUCCUUCUGACAUUGAAAAUAAUACGAGUACAAGCACUGGAGUUUCUGGUAUACAUGGUACUAUAUGGAGCAUGUGCUUUAUCUCGAAAGAUAUGAGUCAACCACACAAGGAGCACAACCCUGUGUUAGCCAUUCUUCUAAAUAGAAAGGGAUCACUUCUUAAUGAGCUUUUGUUAUUAGAAUGGAAUACUAGGGAGAACUUUGUCCACGUACUAUCUCAGUAUGCUGAGCUUGGACCUCUAGCACAUGAUAUAGUUGAAGUUCCCAAUUCUUAUGGAUUCGCAUUUCUCUUCAGAGUUAGUGAUGCUCUUCUGAUGGAUCUUAGGGAUGCACACAACCCUUUAUGUGUGUACAGAACAAGCCUAAACUUCUUACCGUCAGUGGUGGAUGAGCAUACUUUUGUUGAGGAAUCGUAUCGAACGAAUGAUGUCGAUGAAGAAGGUAACAUAUGCAACGUUGCUGCAUCUGCUCUUUUGGAGCUGAAAGACAUAAUUAAGGAUGAUGAUCCCAUGAACAUAGAUGAUGAUAGUGGUUAUUCAUCAAAGUCAACGUCCAAUCGUGUGUGCUCAUGGAGUUGGGAACCAGGAAAUGAAGAAAAUCCAAGGAUGAUAUUUUGUGUUGAUACUGGAGAGCUUUUUAUGAUUGAGCUUUCUUCUGAUCCAACUGGUCUUAAAGUCAACCUCUCUGAUUGUCUCUAUAAAGGUUUACCAUUUAAAGAGCUUUUAUGGGCCGAAGGUGGAUUUUUUACUGCACUUGCAGAAAUGGGUGAUGGGAUGGUACUGAAAAUUGAAGAAGGGAAGCUACAGUACAAAAGCCCAGUUCAAAAUAUUUCGCCAAUAUUGGAUAUGUCACUCGUGGAUUACCAUGAUGAGAAACAUGAACAAAUGUUUGCUUGUUGUGGGAUGGCACCGGAAGGAUCGUUAAGGGUUAUCCGAAAUGGUAUCAGUUUAGAGAAACUAUUGAAAACUGCCCCUGUUUAUCAAGGGAUCACGGGUACUUGGGCAAUGAAAAUGAAAUUAGUUGAUUGUUACCAUUCUUUCCUUGUGCUAUCUUUUGUAGAAGAGACAAGGGUGCUUUCCGUUGGUGUAAGCUUUACUGAUGUGACUGAUUCAGUUGGCUUCAGCCCUGAUGUAUGUACUCUAGCGUGUGGUAUUAUUGGUGAUGGGUUGGUGGUUCAGAUCCACCAGAAUGCAGUUCGACUUGCUUUACCUACGGCUGCUGCUCACCCUGAUGGUAUUCCUUUUACGUCUCCAAAUUGUACAUCUUGGUUUCCUGAUAACAUGACCAUUAGUCUUGGGGCCGUGGGGCAUAAGUUUAUAGUUGUCGCAACUUCCAAUCCAUGCUACUUAUUUGUUCUUGGGGUUAGACGUCUGGCAGCUUAUCAAUAUGAAGUAUACCAGUUGCAACAUGUCAGAUUGGAUUAUGAAUUGUCCUGCAUCUCCAUUCCUCAAAAACCACUUCAGGCAGACCCGUCUAACUCUUUUUAUCAGCUCUCUAGUAACCACCUUGUGAUGGAUCCUACAAAUGGAGUUGAAAUUGGAAAUACUUUUGUUAUAGGCACACAUAGGCCUUCGGUGGAGGUUCUAUCUUUUAUACCUGAUCAAGGCAUAAGAGCUCUUGCUAUAGGAAUCAUUUCCUUAGUAAACAGUACGGGAACAACCAUCAGUGGAUCGGUACCUCAGGAUGUAAGGCUUGUACAAGUUGAUCGACUUUAUAUCCUUUCAGGGCUGAGGAAUGGCAUGCUACUUCGAUUUGAGUGGCCAUCUGUAUCUACGAAUUCAUCAUUAGAAUCUCCAAAGGCACGACCAUAUGUUAGUUCAAUUAACUCAUUCACGUCGACUUCACCACAUAGCACCUCGGCUAUGCAUUCAUGCAUUAUAUCUGAGAUGACAAAGGACAACGUCCCUGUUUGUCUUCAGUUGAUUUCAAUCCGUCGUAUUGGUAUCACUCCAGCCUUCCUGGUUCCAUUGAAUGAUCUCCCUGAUGCUGAUGUAAUUGCUCUCAGUGAUAGGCCUUGGUUAUUACAAACUGCAAGGCACAGCCUCUCAUACACCUCUAUCUCUUUCCAAGCAUCCACACAUGCAACUCCAGUAUGCUCAAAGGAAUGUCCCAAUGGAAUUUUAUUUGUAUCUGAGAACAGUCUCCAUUUGUUGGAGAUGGUGCACAGCAAGAGACUGAACGUCCAGAAGUUCCAUCUGGAAGGAACGCCACGCAAAGUUUUAUAUCAUGCUGAAAGCAGAUUGUUGUUAGUUUUAAGGACAGAUCUGAGUGAAAAUUCGUGUUCAUCGGAUAUAUGUUGUGUGGACCCCCUGAGUGGUUCAGUUUUGUCAUCUUUUAAACUUGAUCCUGGGGAAACAGGGAAGUGCAUGGAGUUACUGAAGGUGGGGAGUGAACAAGUAUUGGUGGUGGGAACUAGUCUCUCCACCGGUCCUGCUAUAAUGCCUAGUGGUGAAGCUGAAAGUACAAGGGGCCGAUUGAUAGUCCUCUGCCUUGAGCACAAACAAAAUUCAGAUAGUGGCUCAAUGACAUUUUAUUCAAAAGCCGGCUCAUCUUCCCAACGAACUUCCCCUUUCCGCGAAAUCAGUGGUUGUGGAGCGGAGCAACUUUCAAGUAGCAGUCUGUGCAGCAGCCCUGACGAUAAUAGUUCGGAUGGGAUAAAGCUUGAAGAAACUGAAGUAUGGAAUCUACGAUUAGCUUAUUCAACCAAUAUGCGUGGGAUAGUGCUUGCCAUCUGCCCUUAUCUGGGCUGUUAUUUCUUGGCCUCUGCCGGCAGUGCUUUUUAUGUCUGCAGCUUUCAAAACGAUAAUUCUCUAAGGGUCAAAAGAUUGGCUGUUGGAAGGACGCGGUUUAUGAUCAUGACUUUGACCACUCACUUCACUACUAUUGCUGUUGGUGAUUGUCGUGAUGGCAUUCUUUUCUAUGCAUAUUAUGAGGACGCCAAGAAGGUGGAGCAAUUAUAUAGUGACCCUGUCCAGAGGCUGGUUGCUGAUUGCCUUCUUAUGAACAUUGAUACAGCUGUUGUUUCAGAUCGCAAGGGGAGCAUUGCAGUCUUGUCUUGUUCGCAUCACUCAGGUGAAAAUGCAAGUCCAGAAUGCAACUUAAAGGUUUGUUCAUCCUUCUAUAUGGGUGAGAUCGCAAUGAGCAUCAGAAAGGGUUCGUUUUCAUACAAACUUCUGGCUGACGAUGAAAUGAGGGACUGCGACAUUGCUAGUUCAAUUAUGGAUUUAUCACACAGUAGUAUUGUGGCAAGCACAUUGUUAGGAAGCAUAAUGAUCUUCGUUCCUAUAUCAAGGGAUGAAUUUGAGCUUUUGGAAGAUGUACAAUCCAGGAUUGCAGUUCAUCCUUUGACGGCUCCUAUUCUUGGGAAUGAUCAUAACGAGUUCCGCAGCCGUCAAAGUUCGGUAUGGGCAGGGAUACCAAAGAUUCUUGAUGGGGAUAUGCUAGCUCAGUUUUUGGAGCUCACAAAUACCCAACAGGAGGAUGUACUAGCUUUACCUCGAGCCCCUCAUAAUAUCUUCACAUCACGUAGUUCAAAGCCACCACUUUCACGGAUCAAUGUUAAUAAGGUUGUGCGACUUCUUGAACGAGUUCACUAUGCUCUAAACUGAACCCAUUGUCUUCCAAACAAUCAUGGCCUACACGAGUCUUUUCUUAGCCAACCAAAAAGCAGCGUCUAUUUUGGCAGUAGACCGGAACUCUUGAUGAAGCUUUACUGGUUUUAUCAAUGAAGACAUGUGGUCAAUGAAACCCCGUCUUCAAUAAGCUGGGCUGGCAUUGGAUCCUUGAUCGAAGAAGUGCGGUGCCCUUUUUCAUGUAGAUACAUUUCGGCAUUUAAUGCUUCUUUUGCUAUUUAUUUUUGCUGGCAUACAAGCAUUCUCCUUCAUGUUAGCUUUUGUUGUAUAGAAUGAGAGCUAGAAAGUAUUUAAUAUGUAGUUAUCUUUUGUUUUUUUGAGGCCAAAGACUUGUAUUCUAGAGUAUGCAAAAUGAGCAUGUAAAUAGAGUUGGGAUUCAAUUUUGAAGUGUUUCUUUUUUCUUUC